UAUUGAGUCCCGAUACCACCAUUGCCAUCACCAAAGAAGGACCAGUUCAAUGUUUCAUGUUUGCUAUUGCUACAUGUUCAUAAUAUUCAUUCGUAUUCAUGCGCUGUUGAGUGUGGAUUAGGGAACAGUGGCGAUGGUUCUUUUGUUCUCCCUUCCUCUUGUUCCGACCUUGCAUAACCACCUCAACUCUCUGUGUCUUCAUUUCUCCCCCCUUUUAUGUUGCUCCCCCUUUUUUCUGAUUCUGAACGCAAAGAUCCGUUACUGACAUCCAACCAUUCGUCCUGUCUUCUCAUCGCCAUCUAGAUCUCUUUCUUGGCCAACAACUCCUAGAGUCUCCCUCUCUUUCGCUGUAUAUAUAUAUAUAAUAUCUUAAAAAAAAAGAUCACAAUGACCGCCACUACCGCAAACUCCACCGCCCCCGCCAAUGGCGAGCCCGCCGCUAACUCGCACGAGGUCGGCAUGAUGUUCGUCCACGAGUACUACACCUUCUUGAACAAGGAACCCAGCCGUCUCCACUGCUUCUACAAUAAACAAUCGACCAUGAGCCAUGGCAUUCAGGGUGAGGAGCCCCAUAUUUGCCACGGUCAACAGAGCAUCCACGCCAAGAUUCUUGAACUCGACUUCGAAGACUGCAAGGUUUUGGUCAGCAAUGUCGACAGCCAGAGCUCCCUGAACGGCGGAAUCAUGGUCCAGGUCCUAGGCGAAAUGUCCAACAAGGGUGGUCCCUCGCAGAAAUUCGUCCAGACCUUCUUCCUGGCCGAGCAACCCAAGGGAUAUUAUGUCCUGAAUGAUAUCUUCCGCUACCUCAAAGACGACAAUGAGAUCGAGGUCGAAGUUGCGGCGGAGGAGGCUAUUAUUAUCGAAAGUGACGAGGCGAACUUGAUCGAGGUCGCCCUCGCCCCUGUACCCAUCGAGGAAGCUGCGGUCUGUGAGGUGGAGGUCCUCACCAUUGCUGUUCCAGUCGAGGCUACUGAACCCAUCGAGACUGCUGAACCCACCGAGACUGUUGAGCCCACCGAGACUGCCAUUCCCAUCGAGAUCCCUGCUGCCGAGCCUGUCGAGGAAAAGAAGCCUGUUAUUGAGGAGAAGAAGCAUGUUGAAAAGAAGGCCGAGCACAAGAGGCACGACAAGAAGACUGAGAAGAAGGACGCCAGGAAGGAAGACAGCAAGGAUGCCAAGAAGGACGCUAAGAAGGAUAUCAAGAAGGAGGCUGAGCCCGCAGAGAAGCCAAAGACACCUGAACCUUCCAAAAAGCAGAACGGUGCUGCCACCACCACUGCCGCUGCGUCUGAGAUCGAGGCCGCGCCUGCUCCUACUGCUGCUGCCCCAGUCGAAACACCCGCGCCUACUCCCGCUCCCGCUCCAGUUGAGCCCUCCAAGCCCAAGACCUGGGCCAACUUGGCUGCCAUCAACUCGAACCAGUGGGGAGCCCAUGUCGCUCCUGCUAAAGGAUCUUCCAUCAACGUCUCCCAGCCCACUCCCAAGCCCCAGGCUGCUCAGCCUACCCAGAAUAGGCCCCAGGGACAGAGACAUAGCGGACGGGAGGAGGUCCAUGGAAUCUAUGUCAAGAACAUCACUGAUAAGAUGAGCUUGGAUCAGUUGCGCGAGGCAUUUAAUCAAUUUGGACCCGUCAAGAAUGUCGAGCGGACUUCCAAGAGAAACUGUGCCUAUGUCGAUUUUGAAUCCGUGGAGGCUGUCCAGGCAGCUUUGAAGCAGAACAAGGUCAACGUUGGCUCCGAGAUUGUUUUGGCAGAGGAGCGCCGUCCUAGCCGUAAUGUGUUCCAGAAUAGUGGCCGUCCCUUUCACUAUCAGAAUGGCUCAAACGGCCAUCAGGGCCCCCAGGGGGGAAACCGUGGUCGUCCCUCCCGUGGAGGUUUCCAGGAUCGCAAGCCCAUCCAGAGACCUGAGAAGGUACCUCCCACCGUUGCUGUGAACUAAGGACUGAAAAAGAGGAAGAAAAGAAAACCAGAGAAAGCAUCAUUGUACAAUUCCCCACCAUCCAAUCCCUUUACCCUUCUUUUACCGUCUGCAUCUUGUUAAAAAAGUGUCUGUUUAUGUUCAUGUAUUUUGUUCAUUUGUUUCUCCUUUGCUGUUACUCCUGUCAAUUCUUUAUUCCUCGCAGAAGAACAUAUGUAUUUGUCCUUAUUUUUCUUGCAACAUCUUGUAUAAUCAAAUCUGCAGCAUGAAUUCACAUAAGCACUCGUAAAUAAAGAAUCAGAUUGUUUUUUAUUUGAAAAAA